GUUCAUGUUAUUUUUACCAAGUCCGGGGCUGGAGUCGUAGAGCUUUCGUUCAUGGCGGAUUAGGGCGAGGGAUAGGUUUUCUGCCGUAGCGAGGGAUCCAUCCCGUUACCAGAUCACAAGCGAAGAGGGCGAGAUGCUGAGGAGUGGCUUCUCCGGCUCCGUUCCUCAAUCGGACGCGUAACUGAUUCUUGGAAAGACCGGAGCCUGCAGGUUAUAACAAAGAGUCUUACUUCUGUCUACUUCUGAUCAUAUCCUAGAACUGACAUAUUGAUAAAUUAUGGAAAGACCAGUCCCAAAUGGUAGCAAGAAAUUUGUUUCAAGGCAUUACUUCAGCAGACUAAACUGAUGACCGAGUAUAAGCAAGAACCUUGGAUACAAUCCUCUGAAAGUUGUUGAAUUCUAUGAAGAUGGUGUCAAAUAUAUGGGUCCAAGCUUCUUCCUCUAAAGCCAUGUUAUUGUCGCCAAUAUGCCCUCCUAUUAAUAGGUUACAGCAUCCUGCUCCUUGUCUCCCCAUGAAGCCCUUGAGAAAACUUACCCUAGUAAAAGCAAAGUCGACGGAUGACAAUCAAAAUUUACCACCGUCUUCAAAAGGAAAGAACCCUCUUGCACUUGUUCUUGAGAUUCCACGGACAAUCUGGAGGCAGACCUUGCAGCCAAUGAGUGAUUUUGGGUUUGGUCAGCGGAGCAUCUGGGAGGGCAGUGUUGGGUUGUUCAUUGUUUCUGGGGUGGUUCUCUUUGCUCUAAGUAUGGCAUGGUUGAGGGGAUUUUAUUUGAAGUCACGAUUUAGGAAGUAUCAGGCAGUGUUCGAGUUCUCUCAAGCUUGCGGGAUCUGCGUAGGAACGCCGGUUAGGAUCCGAGGCGUGACUGUUGGAAGUGUCAUCCAUGUUGAUUCUUCUUUGAAAAGCAUUGACGCAGUUGUUGAGGUUGAAGAUGAUAAGACUGUUAUACCUCAAAAUUCAUUGGUUGAGGUGAACCAGUCUGGCCUUCUUAUGGAGACAUUGAUUGAUAUUACACCACGGGAUCCGAUACCAACUCCCUCAGCUGGCCCUCUUGAUCCAGAUUGUGUUAAAGAAGGUCUUAUUGUUUGCGACAGGGAGAGGAUAAAGGGACAAGAAGGGGUGAGCUUGGAUGCAUUGGUGGGGAUACUCACUCGUCUUGGACGGGAAAUGGAGGAAAUAGGUGUUAAAAGAAGCUACAAGUUGGCUGAAAAAGUUGCAGCUGUUGUACAAGAAGCACAACCUCUGCUUGCGAAGAUUGAAGCCAUGGCAGAAGCAUCUCAACCUUUGCUUGCUGAGAUUCGUGAUAGUGCUUUAUUGAAGGAAGUUGAGAGUUUAACUAAAAGCCUGGCUGAAGCAACUGAAGAUCUGAGGAAGGUCAACUCUUCCAUCCUCACUCCUGAAAAUACUCAACUGAUCCGGAAGUCUGUUUCCACCCUCGUUAUCACAUUAAGGAAUAUUGAGGGUAUAAGCUCCGACAUUUCAGGUUUCACAGGUGAUGAGGCCACCAGGCAGAAUUUGAAGUCGCUUAUCAAGUCACUCAGCAGACUGCUGUGAAGACGACUGGAACCUGGCAGCAGAGUAGUAUGUCAAUGACAUUGAUCUGUCAGCAGGGAGGAGGCAACAUGUAUGAGACAAAAGAAUAUGGCAAACAUAGGAUUUGUUUUGCCUCAAAUCAUUAUUUCUUUUUCCCUUCAUCCAAUUAUAACAUAUAUUUUGUUAUUAUAUCCGACUUCUAUCUUCAGAUUUGAACCCCACCCCUCGUUCGGAUCCAAAUGCUAAAUUCAGUUUUCUCUCGUAGUCAGCAGGUAGAAUGGCUUUUCAAAUACCAGUUUGUAUGAAAUGUUUGCCACAAAGCAAGAUUAUGAUUUACAAUGUGUCAAGUUCUUGGGCUUUCGUUA